GCCGCGCGUUCGCUCCGCCUAUCCCUUCGCCUUGACUCCGGCGGCGCCUGUGCCUCCGGUGGUGAUGCCUCCAGUGAUGGUGUUCGCGCAACAUUCGCAGGUGCGUCAAAACUACCACCCCGACUGCGAGAACUCCAUCAACAACCUGACCAACCUGGAGCUUUACGCCUCCUACAUGUACCUGUCCAUCUCCUUUUACUUCGAUCGCGAAGAAACGGCUUUGAAGCACUUCGCCGAGUACUUCCUGAUGCUGUCAGAAAAAGAGAGCGAAAACGCUGAGAUGAUGAUGGAGUUCCAGGUCAUGAGGGGCGGCCUCCUCCGUCUCCGCGACAUCAAGAAGCCAGAUCGCGACAACUGGCAGAGCGGCCUGAAGGCCCUGAAGUGCGCCCUGUACCUGAAGAAGACCAUCAACCAGCACCUGCUCGAUCUGCACAACUUGGCCACUAAUAUCAAUGACCCUCAUUUGUGCUACUUCCUGGAGACCUACCACCUCGACUACCAAGUCAGAGCCAUGAAGGAGUUGGGGGAGCAUCUCACCAACCUGCUCGACUUGCAGGAUGCCAUGAUGGCCGAUUACAACUUUGACAAGCUCACCCUGGGUGAAAGCUCCAUGGACUUAGACUGAACUGUCUUGCCCAUGGCAGGGGGGGUGCGGUGCCUUCCCCUCCUCACCCAGUUUGCAUUCACAUGGCAGUACUGCCUUUGCAAUACCUUGUUUCAGUUUUUUUCUUCCAGUUUUACCAUUUGUUUCAGUAAAGUUAU